CAUCAUCGUCAGUGGAACCAAGUAACGAACCAAGAAACCAGCUACUACCAGCUCCAUCUACUGAGAGGGACAUUAAUUAGUUUUUGUCGGCAUGCAUCAACAGCUUUGGCAAAAUGCAAGGACACGUCGCCUGGCCAGGCACAGGAACAUGAACUCGAGCAGUGCGACUACCUAUCACCUACCAGCUCUCUUGAUUGUUCUCCUGGUGCUCAUUCAGAAUUUUGAUCUCCACAUGUGUCGGCAAUUGAUGAGACAGCCAAAUGACAAACGCUCCAAAGAGUCGAUGAAAAUGAGAAUGAUGUUGGCAUCAUCACCAACAACAUUAAAGGAUACUUCUACACCUGAGGAAAUGCUCGAACAGGAUAAACGUGGCAAAUCAUCUACAUCAGAAUCAGCAGCAACUGCGGCAUCAUCGUCAUCGAUGAGAGCCAGUCAACCGGAGGAGAUUUUCAGUAUGCCAAAUGAUGACACGGACAAUAACAGCAAUAACAAUAACAACAACAACAACAACUAUGAUGAAUAUCCGUUAAAAUUUCAAUGCUAUUUCCUUAAAUUGCAGAUGGUGGUACCCAAACGAGCUGCUUUACUUUUGGAUCGUUUGAUGGUGGCUCUGCAUCAUGCCCUGGAGCAUGAACACAAUGGCCAUCGCAUUGGUGAAUUCUAUGCCAAUAAGAACAAUCUAAAUUCAAAGUUAUUGGAAUAUCAGAAUGGAUUGGAUCAACGGCUAACUGGCGAUGAAGGGAACAAUCUAAAUAUGUAUAGCGAUGAUGAUCCGGGCGUAAUGCUUGAUUAUGAUUUCAAAGACUUAAAUCAAAUAAAUCGCGCCACUGGCGAAACAUUAAUGCCAAAGAGCUUUCAGAGAAGAGCUGGUGCGGAGUUAACAAUGGCAGGAAGUGGUCCGUCGGCAUCAUCAUCAUCAGCAUCAUCAUCAUCAUUGUCAUCAUCUGCAGCGUCAGUGUCAGCAUUACCAGCAUCGAGCAGGCGUUUGCAUGGUGGCUCUGGUUCCGGUUCCGGUGGUGGACGAAUGUAUUGGCGUUGUUACUUCAAUGCCGUCAGCUGCUUUUAAAAUACUUCACUUUCUUCUUCUCCCUCAACCUCUCUCUAAUCUCUGUUCUUUUCUUUUUUCUGUGGUUUCUUCUUGAUUUAAAGUAUGUUAAUUAGACAUUUAGUCUAAAUUUUGUUUCAACAUUAAUCGUUUUCCUCGCUGCUACAAUUACUGCUCUCGCUACUGCUGAAAGUUGUUCGCGUUAUUAACUGAAAUCGUUUGUAAUGUAUCUAGUUCUAUAAAUGUAAUCUAUACACCUUUCUAUAUAAUAUAUUUAAAUAUAUGUAUAUCUGUAG